UGAAUAUGAGAGCAAAAAUCGUUUUCACCCUUCUGGGCGUUUUACAAAUAUUCCAAGCACCCUGUAUCGUCACAGCCGCCCAAUCGGCGGUCUCUGACGCGAACAGCGAUCCAAUCAGCGUGCUCGAUGCUAGAGAGAGACAGCGAGAUACGCCCGAAGUUGUGUUACAAUUGAAAUAUGAUGGCGGGGAACUGAAUAAGAUAUAUCUAACGCAGUUCAGGAAGGAGAACAAGGGAUGGGUGCCCUCAGUACCGGCUCGAGGCAACUUGUGCACGGACCUGUGUCGCGCAGGUCUCGGCGGCAAAACUUGUGGCUCGACGUGUCUGGACUUAGUACCGGUUGGUCUGAAGUCUGCUUUGUCCAGCAGCAACGAGACGAAUCUGAAAUACGGCGAGCCCAGAGUCGCUGUGUGCCCUGUGCUUUGUGACAAUGGUCUAGGUCAGCCCCUUUGCAACUGUGAAAGCAAGACACCCAAGUCCGUAGAUUGGAACUCCGUUUGCGGCACAUUCUGCGCCACAGAUAACUAUGUGCUGUACGGCUGCCCCGUUUGUGACGAGUCAAAACCCUCAUCAAUCCAAGUCGCCAGCUCAAGGGUCCUCAAUACAGCAGAGGGCUGGAAGUCAUGGUGUAAUGUCCAAUGCCGACAGGGGCAAGGUGGAGCGGCUUGCAAUUGCGACCGUGCCCCCUUUCAGUAGACGGAAAUACCAAAAAGACCAAGCAGACCAACGAAGAAAAUGAAAUCCAAAUUCACAAAAAUACCAUUGUUAUAAAUUAUUUUUCAGAAAUAGAC